AUGUUGAAACGUCCCGUCGCUGCAGCAUUGAGUUGCCGGCAAUGUCAAUCGGCCAUUGUUCGCGCUGUUGUGUCACGUCCAGCGACAAGUCCUUUUCGCACUUUUCCACAGACCACACGACAUCUUCCUAGCCUAGCGACGAGGUUUUACUCAGACGCCAAAACGAUCGAUCCGAUAACCGAGAAGAGCGCUUCCAUUUCAACUACGCCGAACGAUACCCUCGACGAUUCUGCUAACGUAUCACCGGAGCCCGCUGAAUCUGAGGAUGUUCCCUGGUUUCUUGAAGUUGAGGCCCCGCGACACGCCGAAAGCCAGCAUGCCGUCGAGCUGCCAAAGGUCCCUGAAGGCGCGCCGGAGGUCAUUGAGCCAAUGAUCAAAUACAUCUUCGAGGAUAUGGGAUUGGAUGAUAUUUCACUUCUGGACAUGCGCGAUCUAGAUCCUCCUGCUGCCCUUGGUCCCAAUUUGAUCAUGCUUUUUGCGACAGCUCGCAGUGAACGACAUCUUCACAUCUCAUCCGGUCGCUUUGUACGAUGGCUUCGAAAGCACCACAACAUUUCUGCACGAGCUGAUGGACUGAUUGGACCUGGUGAACUUCGAACAAAGUUGCGUCGACUUCGAAAGAAGGCGAAGCUGAUGGGAACCAAUACUGCCAUUAUUCCUGGUGGCGAUAACGGUAUCUCCACCGGAUGGGUCUGCGUCAACUUUUCUUCCAGUGGUGACGAGAUUGAUGAAGCGGCCAAGGUCGACGAUACUGGUCGCUUCUCUGGUUUCGGUGCGCCCCAGACUGGUACCACGGUGGUGGUUCAGUGCAUGACAGACUCUCGAAGAGCAGAGCUUGACUUGGAGACUCUUUGGAAGGGCAUCUUGAAGAAGAGCCUGAGAGAGAACAAACAAGCUCGCGGAGAGAAGAUCAACAGUCCCGAGGAACUCGAGCAACUUCUUGCUACUAAAAUCCAAUUACCCAAAUCAGCAUCGGCUUUACAAUGGCAGGCUUUGCAGAAUGCCUCACAGCAACGGCGUGCUUAUACCACCAGCGCACGACGACUACAGCAAGACCUUGAGCCAGAACAAGCGCAUAGGGCAGAGCGCGCUUCACGAGAGGCCGACAUGUAUUCAAACGAGAACAUAAUCGAUUCCGAUAGCAUACACACCGAAACACAUGUAAGAGCCCUAGCCGUCGUCCGCCAGUGGUUCGAGGAAAUCACACUUGCUGGAUCUCCUCUUACACCGAAGAUGAUACGUCAAUCUGUCAGAGCCGCACUGACAGGAUCCGCACCAGAACUGGCCGCAAAGGAGCGACUCUCCUUAGUCGAUCAAAUAAUUCGGACAGCCGAAGAGAGAGGCAUGGAGAUUUGGACCCCUUCGAUGUUCACGACGCUUAUUGAUGGUUUCUUGACAUCACCGUCCUACGGCGAUCCAGCGCUCGAAAGGGCUCGAAAGAACUUCGAGACCCUCCUCGAGCGAUCAAACUUCAAAUUUGAAGGAACGCAACUUUAUCGCAUGAUGAGAGGUUAUGCAGAUCGAGAAAACUGGACACGUUUCUGGGAACUAUUCCGCAAACCACAUCUAUUCAAUGAACAAAGACCAACAAAUCUCUACAUAUUGGCUUACAACACACUAGCAAAUACUGGAAACCAGAUCAUGUGUAUUGAGAAUCUACGCUGGAUCUAUACUGAAAUGCGCAACGAGGACCGCCAGAUCGGCAUCGUGGGCCCGGUCUAUGAUUCUCUCAAAAGAUGCAUCAAAAUCGCAGACCCAGCAUCUGAGUAUCUUCUAGAACAUGCCAGCAUGUUUUAUCCUGAUGGCACAGAAAAGAAGCCUCACGCUCAAGCAAGACUCAGGAACAGAGAGUAUCUCGUUUUGCACAGGGAGAUUGAAGCGCUGCAUAAGGAACAUGCCAUGCAACUUGCGAUAAAUCCAAAAUUGUACCAAAAUUGA